AUGGCUAAGAAUCGCUUGACAUGUCUCCAAAAACGAAUGUUGAGAGAACCAGAUUUACGUGAGAAAAUAGAUACUAUGAUUGACGAGUAUGUUCGUAAAGGCUAUGCACGGAAACUUUCGAAAAAGGAAAUAUCUGAAGGGCAAAACAAAUCUUGGUAUCUACCUAUAUUUCCCGUGCAAAAUCCAAACAAGCCAAACAAAUUAAGAAUUGUUUGGGAUGCGGCUGCCAAGGUUCAAGGAGUUUCUCUAAAUUCAUUUUUACUCAAAGGGCCAGACCAACUUACAUCCCUCAUAUCCGUCAUCUACAAAUUUAGAGAAAAUCUUGUGGCUAUUUGUGGAGAUAUCCAAGAGAUGUUCCACCAGAUACACAUCCGUGAAGAAGACCAAAAUUUCCAAAGAUUUCUAUGGAGCAGCAAGGCUGAUGUAAGUCCAGACGUCUAUGUUAUGACCGUCAUGACCUUCGGUGCCACAUGCUCCCCUUGCUGUGCACAAGAAGCUCAAUCUCUCUACGAAGAUGAAAUUGCAGAUCUUGCAGCUAAUCGACCUAUUGAGAAGUCUAGUCCAAUUUACAGUCUCUGUCCUUAUUUGGAUGACAACUUCAUUCUUCUAGCCAACGGAAGGAUCAACUUCUCAACUGGUGUAGAUGAUAAUACGAAACGACCUACAAUACUUCCAAGAACACAUCGAAUCACGUUUCUCAUCAUCAUGGAUUUUCAUCGCCGUUACAAUCACCAAAAUCAUGAGACUGUGGUCAACGAACUCCGGCAGAGGUUUUUUAUUCCACGAAUGAGAGCCCUUUUUCGUUCUGUGAGACUAUCUUGUCAAGAGUGUAAAAACAAUAGUGUUCAGCCACAGGUUCCAAUAAUGGCUCAACUCCCUCCAGCUAGGCUAGCUUCAUUCUCUCGUCCAUUUUCUUUUGUAGGAGUUGAUUAUUUUGGACCGAUGAAAGUGAAUGUACAUAGAAGAUCCGAAAAACGUUGGGGAGUUUUAUUUACAUGCCUGACAACCAGGGCAAUUCACAUUGAGAUAGCAUACACUCUUUCUUCAGACUCCUGCAUAGUAGCCAUGCGAAAUUUUAUCGCAAGACGUGGAACACCGCAAGAGUUUUUCAGUGAUAACGGCACAAAUUUUGUGGGUGCCGAACGAGAACUCAGAGAAGCACUACAAACUUUAAAUAAGGAAAGAUUGAUGGUAGCUUUUACAUCAACAACAACUUUUAUUCCACCAGGAUCGCCACAUAUGGGUGGUAGCUGGGAGCGGCUGGUGCGUUCUAUUAAAACGAUUUUAUACAAAAUAAUGCCUACGCGUAACCCUUCUGAUGAGCUCCUACGAGGUAUGUUACUGGAAGUCGAAAAUAUUGUUAAUUCUCGUCCCUUAACUUACAUCCCUCUAGACAACGAAAGUGAUGAAGCCCUAACACCCAACCACUUUCUUCUUGGCUCUUCAAGCGGUAUAAAGCCCAUCGCUGUAUUUGAUGAUAGUGCAAUAGUGGUUAAAAAGAAUUGGCAUGCUUCGCAGCAGUAUGCAGACCAUUUUUGGAGACGGUGGAUAGGUGAGUAUCUCCCUACGUUAACUAGGCGCACAAAAUGGUUUCAGCCCGUCAAGACCAUUGAAGUGGGCGAUAUUGUUCUUUUAGUUGACCCAGAUAGUCCAAGAAAUUGCUGGGCUAAAGGAAAAGUUAUUCAAACUAAGCCUUCAAAGGACGGUCAAGCACGAAGUGCAUUCAUUCACACACAGAAUGGGGUGUAUGAAAGACCCGUACUUAAAUUAGCAGUGCUAGAUGUCCUUAACAAGCAACUUUAA